AUGGCCAAGGAAGGCAUUGCUACUGUAGGUGUAAUGGAGGUCAGUACUGCUCUACAAGAGGUGCUGAAGACAGCCCUCCCUAACAACAGCCUAGCACAUGGCACAUGUGAAGCUGACAAAGCCUUAGAGAAGUGCCAGGCCCAUCUUUGUGUGCUCACAUCCAACUGUAAUGAGCCUAUGCAUGUCAAGCUGGUGGAGACACUGUGUGCUGAGUACCAGAUCAACUUGAUUAAGGUUGAUGACAACAAGAAACUAGGGGAAUAAGUAAGUCUCUGUAAAAUCGGUUGAGAGGGGAAGCCACAGACAGUGGUUGUUUGCAGUUGUAUAGUAGCCAAGGACUAUGGCAAAGAAUCUCAGGCCAAGGAUGUCAUUGAGAAAUACUUCAAAUCCAAGAAAUGA